AUGGACCCGGCAACGUUGCUCAGUGUCGUCAGUUCUGUCGUUUCGUUCGUCGAAUUUGGCACGAAACUUAUCUGCAAAAGCAAGGAAAUCUACAAAAGCGCUGAAGGAGUUCUCACAGAUCACGCAGAACAAGCCGCUGUCUCGUCUAGGCUUGCUCAGUUGAGCAGGGGACUGAUGGAAUCACAAACGAAGGUUGCAAAUGGAAAGAAGCUUUCACCAGCUGAGCAGGCUUUGGUCGAAGUCUUGCUUGAAUGCAAGGAAGCAGCGGAGAGUUUCACGAUGGCCAUAGAUGAGCUGGGAAGCGUAUGGAAAGAAGAAGGCAUAGAAGAACGUCUUGCGAAGUUGGAUCGCCUCCGGCAGCAAGCCAUCAUUCAUCUCCUGGUUGUUGUAAAUGAUGGGAUAAAACAAGAAGUGCAAAAGUUGGCUGAAGACUUGAAGAAGCUGGCAGAUGAGCAGCGCAAGAGGAGACGAGAUUACCAGUUGAAGGAGACGGGGAGUGUACAACUUUUGGACCAAUGGCGAAUACAAAACGAAGACGCUCUCGAUCUAAUCGCGCAAAGCGUUCAAGAAAAGGAUGAGCAGGCAAAGAAGAAAUCACAUCAAAGGAAAGUCCUCGACGCUCUCUUAUUUGACAGGAUCGACGACAGUGAAAGCAAAAUUGACCCAAAAGCAGAGGUGACAUUAGACUGGGCCUUCAAUCCUCCGGCCAAGUACCAAUCUCAGUGGUCUGAUAUGUCGGCAUGGCUUCAAGGACCUGACAGCCUAUACUGGGUAUCAGGCAAAGCUGGCUCUGGCAAGAGUACACUGAUGAAGUGGCUACUCUACGAAUCGCGCACGAAGGAACUUCUGGAAUCAUGGGCUGGGAAUAAGAAAUUACUGACGGCAAACUAUUUCUUUUGGAGUUCCGGCAGCUCUCUUCAGAAAUCCUUUUCAGGACUAUUGCGGUCUCUUCUUUACAACUUAUUACGGCAGUGGCCACAGUCGACGCUUCCAAUCUCUCCAGCUAGGUGGCGAUCAUACGAUCUAGAACUGGAAUAUUUCCCAGCCCGGACCGAAUCUGAUUUGCUUAUUGCAGUCCAUACAAUCAUUCAGGAUACUGCUCAAGAUGCACGAGUAUGCCUCUUCAUUGAUGGCUUAGAUGAGUGUGCUGAGCACGACACUCACCGAACCCAAAUCCUGGAGCUCCUCAAAGAGCUUUCGGCCUCCCUCAUGUCAAAAUCGAAAAAUUCUAAUCUACGCCUUGAACUCCUGAACCGCAAUGACAUUGAAAAGUAUAUCACCGCAGAGCUCCAGGCCGAUGAUAAAUUCAAAGCAUUAAGAGAAAACAACCACGCGCUGUGUUCCAAACUUGUUACCGAGAUCCUCGACAAGGCUGGAGGCGUUUUUCUCCGGGUAGUCCUUGUUAUUCGCUCCCUUCUGCGCGGCUUGGAACAUAAAGACACAAUUGCGGACCUUCUGGACAGGCUAAGCCAAAUUCCGAGCGAAUUGGAGGCCUACUUCUGUCAGAUGCUCUCCGGCAUCGACAAGGUUUACCGCUCGAGCGCUCUCAAGCUUCUCAAGAUUGCUCUGAACUCCGUGGACGGACUAUCACUCAUGACAUGCUCCUUUUUGGAUGAAGUCAACCCGAACUGUGCCCUCAAUGUGCCCACGAAGGCUGUUUCUGCACAUAAAAUUGAGGAGCGACUAACUGAGACCGCCAGUCGCAUCAACGUGCGAUGCUUAGGGUUGUUGGAAACUAAAACACUUCGCGGCGAUAGACGCUUGAUGUGUCGAGACAGUGUCGACUUCUUACAUCGGAUGGCACGAGAUUUCCUUUUGGACAAUCCCGAAAUUUUACUGCAGAUGGAGGCUGUCGCUUCCUUCACCGUUCAUCGCUUUGUAUGUGAGACUGUGGUGGCUCAGAUGAAGAUGACUGAUGCGCCAACAAAGGAUUUCUCCAAACCUUCAUGUGGCACGCUCGAAAGCUCGAAGAUAAGUCUUCCGAGUCAUCCCUGCAUCUAUUCAACCACCUAG